GUGCCUCCACCUGCAGUUCUCAGGAGAUGGGGCCGGGCGGUGUCUGGGUCCGUGUGCGUUUCUGCGGGAAGGAGCAGGAGUUUGAUUCUUCCUUCUCACUGAACUAGCGGGCUUGGACUGGGAUGUCAGAAAUCCUGGCUUCCGCCUCUGGUGCUGGUCGGGAGGGGACGAGGAAAGCUUCGGGCUCAGAAUCAGGUCUUGAAAAAAGGUGUCGUGGAUGAACAAGCGAAUUCUGCUGCUUUAAAGGAACAACUGAAAAUGAAGGAUCAAUCACUGAGAAAACUGCAGCAGGAAAUGGACAGUUUGACAUUCCGAAAUCUGCAGCUUGCCAAGAGGGUAGAGCUACUUCAAGAUGAACUGGCUCUUAGUGAACCCCGAGGCAAGAAAAACAAGAAAAGUGGAGAAUCUUCUUCUCAGUUGAGUCAAGAGCAGAAGAGUGUCUUUGAUGAAGACCUGCAAAAGAAGAUAGAAGAGAAUGAACGGUUGCACAUACAAUUUUUUGAAGCCGAUGAGCAGCACAAGCACGUGGAAGCAGAGCUCAGGAGUCGGCUGGCCACUCUGGAGAUGGAAACGGCCCAGCACCAAGCUGUGGUCGAUGGCCUGACCCGGAAGUACAUGGAAACCAUCGAGAAGCUGCAGAACGACAAGGCUAAACUAGAGGUAAAAUCUCAGACUCUAGAAAAGGAGGCCAAGGAAUGUCGACUUCGGACAGAAGAAUGUCAGUUACAGUUAAAGAAUCUUCAUGAAAAUUUGUCAAGUAGAUUAGAGGAAUCCUUAUCAAUCAUCAGUGAAAAAGUACCUUUUAAUGAUACAAAAUAUAGUCGGUAUAACGCUCUGAACGUUCCAGUCCACAAUAGGAGACAUCAGCUGAAGAUGCGGGAUAUCGCUGGGCAGGCCCUGGCUUUUGUUCAAGAUCUUGUCAAGGGUCUUCUGAACUUUCACACCUAUACAGAACAGAGGAUUCAGAUUUUUCCUGUUGAUUCUGCCAUUGACACUAUAUCUCCAUUGAAUCAGAAGUUCUCACAGUAUCUUCAUGAAAAUGCAUCCUAUGUCCGCCCUCUUGAGGAAGGAAUGCUUCAUUUAUUUGAAAGUAUUACUGAGGAUACUGUGACUGUCCUGGAGACAACUGUGAAAUUGAAAACUUUUUCAGAGCAUUUAACCUCUUACAUAUGUUUUCUUAGGAAGAUUCUUCCUUAUCAGUUAAAAAGCUUAGAAGAAGAAUGUGAAGCUUCCCUUUGCACGUCUGCAUUACGAGCCAGGAAUCUAGAGCUGUCCCAGGACAUGAAAAAGAUGACAGCUGUGUUUGAGAAGCUGCAGACUUACAUUGGUCUUCUCGCCUUGCCAAGUACGGAGCCAGAUGGACUCCUUCGGACAAACUACAGUUCUGUCUUAAUAAAUGUUGGUGCUGCUCUGCAUGGAUUUCAUGAUGUCAUGAAAGAUAUUUCCAAACAUUAUAGUCAAAAGGCUACAAUAGAGCAUGAACUUCCAACAGCAACACAGAAGCUCAUAACAACUAAUGAUUGCAUCCUGUCAUCAGUAGUGGCAUUGACAAAUGGAGCAGGAAAGAUUGCGUCUUUCUUCAGCAACAACGUGGACUACUUCAUUGCUUCCCUGAGCUACGGGCCUAAGGCAGCGAGUGGAUUCAUCAGUCCUCUCUCAGCUGAAUGCAUGCUGCAGUAUAAGAAAAAAGCUGCUGCCUAUAUGAAGGCUUUGAGAAAGCCCCUCCUGGAAUCUGUGCCUUAUGAAGAAGCACUGGCAAACCGCCGGGUCCUUCUCAGCUCUACUGAAAGUCGAGAAGGCCUUGCACAACAGGUUCAGCAGAGUUUGGAGAAGAUUUCUAAACUGGAGCAGGAAAAAGAACAUUGGAUGUUGGAAGCACAGUUAGCUAAAAUCAAGCUGGAGAAAGAAAACCAGCGAACUGCAGAUAAACUGAAGAGCACAAGUAGUGGGCAGGCGGUUGGGGUAGCCCAGGAAGGGGCCGCCGUGGUGACCACUGCGGGCCAGGAAGACGCGUCCGCCAAGGCUGUGCCAGAGCCCGUUCACAGCACUAGUCUGAUUGGGAUUUUAACCAGGACGUCUGACAGUGAGGCUCCAGAUGUGGACUCUCGGGAAGACUUAAUUAGAAAUCACUACAUGGCAAGGAUAGUGGAACUGACGUCUCAGCUACAGCUGGCUGAUAGCAAGUCAGUGCAUUUUUAUGCUGAGUGCCGAGCACUCUCUAGAAGACUGGCCUUGGCUGAAAAGUCUAAAGAGGCACUGGCAGAAGAGAUGAAAGUAGCCAGUCAGAAUAUCAGCAGACUUCAGGAUGAGCUGACAACUACCAAGAGGAGUUAUGAGGAUCAGUUAAGUAUGAUGAGCGACCACCUGUGCAGCAUGAACGAGACACUAUCUAAACAGAGAGAAGAGAUUGACACACUAAAGAUGUCUAGUAAGGGGAAUUCUAAAAAGAACAAGAGUCGAUAGUUUACAGAGAGCUGGUUGGUGACUUCUUUGCAGAGCUGCUACUGCUGCGCGGAGCUGCGGGGCCGAGACUCCACGUCCAGGGCUGGCCGCCUUCAGGAAGCUGGAGCGUUGUUGGACCUAGUAAAGUAGUCAGUGUUGUAAAUGGCCUUGAAGUAUUUAAAAUAUAUUUGUAACCAGUAAGGUAAAUCCAGAAUUUGAUGUUGACAGUAAAACAGAAAACAGGACACAUACCAUGGAUAUUGUAGGUUUCCUUAUGCUGUUUUUACUGUGCACUUUUUAAAAUUAGGCUUUAAUUGCAGUGUGUAAGAACAACAAAUAUUUUGUAUAUUUUCAGACUCAGUGAUAUGGUAAUCAAUUUGGUAUCUAUGGAAUAGGUAUGUGUUUCUGGAUAAAAUGCUUAAAUUGUCAAACUGUCAUUAAUUCUUGCUGUAAUUGAAAGCAGUCUCCAAUUCUUUUUGAAGACUUGUUCAUUCUCUGCCUCCCUCUCUCCUGCUCUCUCUCUCUCUCUCUCUCUCUCUCUGUCUCUCUCUCUCUCUCUCUCUGUCUCUCUCUCUGUUCUGGAGGGAGUGGGCCUUGAAAACUUCAGAUCUUGUGGGUUUAUCAUCAUUGUCUUCAGCUCUUCGGUACCCUCUCUGUGUUGGAAUAAUAGCUUAAGGAAAUUGAUGUCAAUAAAUUCAUACUUAUAUCAAACUUUCAGUCUCUCUAUGAAAAUCUGAUGAAGGAAACUAAAACUUAUUAAAGUAAGCUUCACAAAAUUACCAAAUCCCAAUUGAUUUUUGAUAUAAUCUUUCUAAUCCCCCAAAUUGGAAUAAUUGUACAGUUAAUCCUUUAUUAAGCCUUUAAGUACCUCCCAAGGUACUUGUAACCCUGCUUCAAGCAAGGACCCUGAGCCCUUUCAGGCUCCUCUUGCUUUCUUUCAUAAACAUUGUGUCAUUUUAGUGUAUAUUUCAGGGGUGAAAUUUCUCCCAGCACCUCCAUCCCCAAGUCUCUAAAUAUAUUGCUCCUUUCUGCUGAGUUUCCUGCACAUGCCCAUUUCACUCCGGGUCCAAGUCCCCCGACUAGGUCCGCAGACCUGAAACCCCUUCUUCCUCACCUCCUUGCCUGCAGCUCCAUCUCCUUUGAGCCUCUUCUCUAGGCAGUUGCUAGUCACCCUCCAAAACGCUUUAUUCUGUUUCACCUGAGAGCUCAUCACCAGCUUCCCUCCGUGCUCAACAUAAAGGCCAACUCCUUGGCCUCUGCACCACCGUAGAGGCAGACUCUGGUGGUCGUGCCCAGUCCUCACAGUAUGAAAGUGUUUGAAUCCUGUCUCGGGGAUCUCUGGGUCAGCCAACUCAGUCCCAUCCUCCCGGCCCUUUGAGUCCCUAGCCCCUUUGCCCUUUCCGUUUUCUGUGGCCUGCUCAUUUUAAUUCUCCAUCAACUGAACCAGCUGUUUUCACUGCAGCUGCACCUAAGCCCCCAAGCACCAUGCUGAUUAGCUCCACCAUAAACCUAGAGUUUCCCGCCCCUGCUAGACCUUCAGUGUUCUGUGACGCUGCAUUUGGAAUUUCUGGUCCAUUUCUAUUCCUCCUUUGGAGAGUUUGGGACGAAGGAGUGACCUCAUCUGGCUUAUGUUUUAGUGGAAUUUGUGGGCUGCUAUGCUGAGAAUAGAUUGUAGGGGAGCAACGGCGGAAGCAGACAGACGAGUUGGGAAGCUAUUGCAGUAGCAGGAGGCUGUUGA